AGGUAUAGAGUAGUUGAAUGAUUUUUUAUGAACCCACCUAAAAUAUAAGAGAAUCAAUUGCUUGUACUGAAUCAAAAUGGCAGUGUAUAUUUAUCCUUCCCUAUCCUAUUCUAUUCAAUUGUUUGCUUUCUUGUCUACCCUUCCUCGCAGUAGUCUAGUGUCUACCAUGGCUACUCUUUUGUUGUUACUUUUAAUGUAUUCCACACUUUUAAUCUCCGUUCUUCCUCAUUCUCUCAAUAAUCUCCCUCAUCAUCAUCAUCAACAACAAUUGCUCUUGCAAUUCAAAGCCGUCGUUUCCAAAGAUGGCAAUGCUCUGCCCGACUGGACUCCACUUCAUUCCUUCUGCAACUGGACUGGUGUUAUUUGUCACUCAUCGACCCACUCUGUCCGUGCCAUCAGUUUAACCCAAAUGAGUUUAGAUGGCACCAUUUCUCCUGUGCUGGGGAACCUCUCCUCUCUUCGAUCCCUUGAUCUCUCUGUCAAUAACCUCACUGGUACCAUUCCUCCCCAACUCGGUCAACUCCCAAAUUUAUGGAUACUCUGGCUGAACAACAAUCAAUUACAAGGAACCAUUCCGCCCACUCUCUCUGCAUGCCGCAGCUUGUAUUCUCUGGAUCUCUCCUUUAACCAACUCCAUGGCAGCAUUCCACCUGAGCUGAGUCUUCUCACAAGCUUGAAGCUCCUCGUUUUGGGCGCAAACAGUCUCACAGGUAUCAUUACGCCCUCUUUCAAAAAUCUGUCUUCCAUAGUUGAGUUGGAUUUGGGCGAAAAUGAGCUCCAUGGCCCAAUUCCUCCUGAAUUGGGCAUGCUCACUCGCCUACAGAUUCUUCACCUUCAAAAUAAUAACAUAUCAGGCACCAUGCCCAGCUCUUUAACAAAUCUCUCAGAAGUGAAUGAAAUAGCUCUAUCUAGAAACCGGCUAAGGGGACAUAUUCCAUGGGAAAUUGGUACCAAACUCUCCAAUUUGGUAUUCCUUAGUUUAUGGAGAAAUCAGCUUAGUGGAACCAUACCAAACUCCCUUGGAAAUUGUUCCCGUCUCCAAGUACUUUAUUUAAAUGAAAACCAACUCAGUGGAAGGGUUCCAAUGGAGCUGGGUAAGUUGAACCUUCUUAUCUACCUUCACCUACACACGAAUCAACUUGUUAGUGACAGCACUAACACAUUGGCCUUUCUCACUGCUCUCACAAAUUGCUCCCACCUGCAAAGAUUAGAUGCGUCACAUAAUCAAUUCACAAGUAUAUUGCCCCCAUCCAUAGGCCAACUAUCCUCCAAUCUCAAUUCUUUGGGUUUACAAUUCAACAUGAUAGGUGGAAGCAUACCACAACAGAUUGUCAAUCUAACGAACUUAACCCUCUUAAAUUUAGGCGAUAAUCUUUUCAGCGGCAAUAUUCCAUCUGGAAUUAAGAGAUUCUGUGUGUUGGAAAGAUUGUAUUUGUCUAGGAACAAAUUAGGAGGAAGCAUUCCAAGUGAGAUAGGUCAAAUGCAACAUCUCGGACUCUUAGAUCUUAGUCACAACCAGUUAUCUGGAAAAAUUCCAGAUUCUCUCUGUAGCUCCCAGCAGCUAAGACGCCUUUUUCUUGCCCUGUUACUUUGGAGGAAUGUCAGAAGUUGGAGCUCCUUGACUUAUCUUACAAUAAGGUCGUUGCCACAGGAGAUGAGUAAAAUUGUAAUGGCUCAAGCCAUAGAUAUAUCUGGAAACCAACUUACUGGGGUCAUUCCAUAUUCUCUAGGAGACUGCAUAGCAAUAGAGUAUCUAAAUCUGUCCCACAACGCCUUUGAAGGUACAAUACCAGAUUCCCUCUCCAAAUUAAAGAAUCUCCAAGAAAUGGAUCUUUCUUUCAAUAAUUUGUCGGGGCAGAUUCCAGAAGCAGGGUUGUUUCCAAAUAGAAGUGUUGUAACAUUGUUUAUGGGGAACCCUGGCCUAUGUGGCCCAAAAAACUAUUCAUUGCCUCCAUGCCCAAAUCUAACCCAGGGAAAACAUUCCCAGCUCAAAAAAAUAGUCUUAUCAAUUGUUGGAACCAUUGGAUUUGUAUCAUGCUGCUUCAUUAUAGUAAUUCUAUGGAGGCAUAAACUUUCAAGGCGACUAGUCCUUCCCUCAAGCUUUCUUUUUCAAGGGCUUGGCUAUCCAAAAUUUUCUUAUCAAGAUCUUGUCAUUGCAACGUCUGGAUUUGAUGAGUCAAACUUGCUUGGGGUAGGUAACUUUGGAUCUGUCUACAAAGGCAUCUUGAGGGAUGGCAAGAUAAUUGCCAUCAAGAGUCUUAAUUUGGUAAAUGAAGAAGCCCUCAAGAGCUUUAAGAGAGAGUGCAAAAUAUUAGGGAGGAUUCGGCACCGUAACCUCAUCAGAAUCGUAAGUGCAUUUUCCUACCCUGAGCUAAAAGGUUUGGUUCUUGAAUUUGCAUGUAAUGGGAGCUUGGUAAAGCAUUUGCAUCCUGACAGGGAUGUUGAAGGCUUUUGUAAAUUGAGAUUGAGCGAGUGUUUGAGCAUUGCUAUAGAUGUAGCACAUGGCAUGGAAUAUCUACAUCAUGAUUGUCCUCUACAAAUUGUGCACUGUGAUUUAAAACCUAGUAAUGUGCUCUUGGAUGCCAACAUGACAGCCCUUGUCACUGAUUUUGGUAUAUCCCGAUUAACUAGUACAAAUUCCAUAGAUUCACUCAGUACAACAACAUUUGCAGUCAAAGGAUCCAUUGGAUAUAUUGCUCCAGAAUAUGGAUUGGGUGGGAAUGUUUCUAUAAAGGGAGACGUUUAUAGUUACGGAAUUCUGAUAUUAGAGAUGGUUACAAGAAAGGAGCCAAGUGAUGAAAUGUUUGUUGCAGACUUGAGCUUGCAUAAGUGGGUGAGAUCAGCUUUUCCAAACAGACUGGCAGAUGUUGUUAAUAGCGAGCUAUUGAGAGAUGUGAAUGAAAACAUGGAAGACGAUAAAUGUCUUAUUUCUUUCAUUCAUGUUGGUUUGCUUUGUAGUAGUGAAUCACCAAGAGAACGACCUUCCAUGAGAGAUGUAGCCAAAGCCUUGGAGAGCCUGAAGACGUCUUUGAUGGGAGAUGCAGCUCCUUCCAAUUUAACAGCUACCAUAUCAGAAAUCCUGGAAAAGAACAAUCCCACAGGAACAUUGUCAUCUGACAGUUCUACAUUUUAGAUGUUUACGACUUCCAUUAAGAUGUUUUAGUCCUUCAUGUUUGGUAGUUUCAAGUUUUUCGUCUUUCAUCACAAGCUAGUCUUCUUUCCUGUCGAAUCCACAUUGAGUUAUAUUGUAGUUCUUUGAGCUUGUAAAUUGUUCCAAUUCAUGUGUUUUCAUCACUGGUUUGAGAAAGUA